UUUUUGUUUAAUUUUUAUUUAGAGUAUUUUUUUUUUUCUUUAUUUUUUUUCUAUCAUUAAUUUUGUUACCAAAAAAAUGGAAAAACCUGAAGAUAAUACUGAUCCAUCCCUUGAUCAUAAUUCAAUGAAAAACGCUUCUUCCAAUUUUGAAAAUAAUGAACCUAACAACACUAUAAGCAUCAAUGAAGAUGUUAUCACUAAAAAUAAAAGAUUACAAGAUAAAAUCAUUGGUGUCGAAAAAAUUGAAAUCAUAAGUGAGCAAUACAAUGGAGUUGUAAGCAGAUUUAUAAUUUUUUUUGCGAUUUUCCUUGUUGCUUAUGCCUAUGGAUUAGAUUCAACAAUCAGAGGUGUAUUGACUGCUUAUGCAACCUCUUCAUACUCCAGCCAUGCUUUGAUCUCAACGAUUAAUUGUAUUAACUCGGUGAUUGCUGCUGCUGGUCAAAUUUGCUUUGCGAGGCUAUCUGAUAUCUUUGGUAGAACAGAAAUACUUAUUGUCUCAGCGAUUUUCUAUUCAGUGGGUACUUUGAUUCAAUCUCAAGCUUAUGAUAUCCAAAGAUACGCUGCUGGGUCUGUUUUCUAUAAAUUAGGUAUGACUGGUAUUAUGCUUAUGAUUGAAAUCUUGAUUAGUGAUUUGUCGAACUUGAACUGGAGACUAUUAUUGACAUGGAUUCCUGCUUAUCCAUUUAUAAUCAAUACCUGGAUUGGUGGUGAUGUUACUGCUGCCAUUGGUGACGAUUGGAGUUGGGGAAUCGCAAUGUGGACCUUUAUUUUCCCAUUGUCUUGUUUGCCCUUAUUAUUUUGCUUAUACCAUAUGAACUACUUGGCCAAGAAAUCAGGAAAACUCGAUAAAUAUAAAAAUUUUAAAACAUAUUAUCAAUCUUUGUCUUGGAAGGAUUACAUUGUUGAAAUCAUCUUUUGGGAAUUGGAUAUUCUAGGUUUGAUUUUAAUCACUCUAGUUCUUGGUUUAAUCUUGGUUCCUUUCACAUUAGCAGGAGGUGAAAACACUCAAUGGCAAAAGGCUAAAAUUAUUGUCCCUGAAGUGCUUGGUUGGUGUUUAUUACCAUUUUUCAUCAUUUGGGAAACAAAAUAUUCCAAAUUCCCAUUGAUUCCUGGCCACUUGAUGAGAGAUAGAGGUGUUUGGUCUGCUUUUCCAAUUGCAGUUCUUGUUAACUUUACUUGGUACAUGCAAGGUGAUUAUCUUUAUACUGUUUUGGUUGUUGCUGUCAAUGAGUCUGUUAAGGCUGCAACAAGAAUCUCUUCGUUGUAUUCUUUUACUUCAGUUAUAUCUGGGUUCUUUGUCGGUUUGUUGGUUUCAAGAAUUAGAAGAACCAAGGGCUUUAUUAUUUUUGGUAUUGCGACUUUUUUCAUUGCUUUUGGUUUAUUGAUUCAGUAUAGAGGUGGAUCUAGAGUUAGUCAUUCAGGUAUAAUUGGAGCUCAAUGUCUCUUAGGUUUUGGUUCAUCAUUUUUCACUUAUGUUGUUCAAGCUUCCCUCCAAAGUUGUACUAAUCACAAACAUAUGGCUGUUGUCACAUCUGUUUAUUUGGCUUCGUAUAACGUUGGAUCAGCUAUUGGGUCAGCAAUUUCAGGAGCCAUUUGGACUCAACUAUUACCAAAACAAAUUUCCAAAAAGUUUUCAGAUUACGAUGCUGAAUUCAGAAGUAUAGCCUAUGGUUCGCCAUUUACAUUUAUUUUAACUUACACUUGGGAAACAUCUGAAAGAAGAAUGUUGGUUCAAACCUAUAGAUAUAUCCAAAAGAUAUUGUGCACAGUUGGUCUUGUAUUUUGUAUUCCAAUGAUAGUCUUUUCCAUUUUCCUAAGAGAUCAUAAAUUGGAGAGCAAACAAUCAUUAGAUGAGAUUGAGGAAAAACAAGCCACUGGUAAAAGUAACGAUGAUCCAAUUUACAAUUUUUUAUUUGGUCGUUUUUUGAACAACCAAACCAAUAAUACACCAGUAUAA